GAGGGAGUUUUAUGGAAUAAUGUCCACACUGCCACAAAGCCUUGUGAGUAGUGGACGCGCUACAUGGGAAACGAAAAGAUUACGAUUCAUAUUUGCUACACAAGUCUGUAUUUGAUCAAAGAUUGUUAUCGUCGAAGUUAGAAUUGCAUAUUGGCGAUCAGAAGAGAGAAGAACUGGAACGCAGGAAUGGUCCAGUUGGCGGUGUGAGCUCCAUAGAGGUCCAAGGGAAGCCUCGAUGUUUGGCGAAAGUAAAGAAAGAAAAACACAGAAAUAAAGGCAACUACCACAGCACAAGCCGGUUCCGGAGAGGGAUCCAAGAACACUAAAGCUGGAUGAUCACAGACUAUCGUUCCCCGGUGGUCUGCGAUGGGGGAGACCAAAAUAAUAUAUCAUCUCGACGACCAGGAAACUCCUUACCUGGUCAAAUUGCCCAUCCCAGCCGAUAGGGUCACUCUCUUAGACCUAAAAAAUGCUCUCAAGAAGCCGAACUACAAGUUUUUCUUUAAAUCAAUGGAUGAUGACUUCGGAGUGGUGAAGGAAGAGAUUUCAGACGACAAUGCAAGGCUCCCCUGUUACAAUGGACGUGUCAUUGCUUGGUUGGUGUCCGCUGAUGGUUCUCAUUCAGACGGGGGCUCUGUGGCUGAGAGCCAGUCAGAUCGCCCCCCUUCCCUUGAGAGGUGCCAAGGCAUUGGAGACUCCAGACCACCCUCCUUCCAUGCAAAGUCAGCUGGCAGUCGUGACGGCAUGGACGAUAACACAGAGACUGACUCCGUGGCGUCCCAUCGCAGGGACAGGGAGAGGGAGAGGUCGCGCCGGAAACACCCCCAAGAACACGCAGCAGGGAGGAUGAAUGGGUACACACGUGGAGGUCGAGGACUGGACCUGGGGGGCUACGACAGUCGGUCAUCCCUCAUGAGCAGCGAGCUGGAGUCCAGUAGCUGCUUCGACUCAGAAGAUGAUGGAUCCACCAGCCGGUUCAGCAGUGUGACAGAACAGAGUGGCUCAUCACGCUUGGUCAGGCGUCCUCGUCGGCGGAGGCGGAGACCCAAACAAAACAUGGAAAGGUCGUCAUCCUUCAGCAGCAUCACUGACUCAACCAUGUCACUCAACAUCAUCACUGUUACGCUAAACAUGGAGAAGUACAAUUUCCUGGGUAUCAGUAUUGUUGGGCAAAGCAACGAGAGAGGAGAUGGAGGCAUCUACAUUGGUUCCAUCAUGAAAGGUGGGGCAGUGGCAGCAGAUGGACGGAUAGAACCGGGAGACAUGCUACUUCAGGUGAAUGAUAUCAACUUUGAGAACUUGUGCAAUGAUGAUGCAGUGCGAGUUCUGAGGGAUAUCGUUCACAAGCCGGGCCCUGUUUCUCUGACUGUGGCAAAGUGCUGGGACCCAAACCCAAACAGCUGCUUUGCACUACCUAGAAGUGAGCCUAUAAGGCCCAUUGACCCGGCCGCAUGGGUGUCCCACACGGCGGCCAUGACGGGUGUGUACCCGGCCUACGGGAUGAGCCCCUCUAUGAGCACCGUCACCUCCACCAGCUCCUCCAUCACCAGCUCCAUCCCUGAGACCGAGCGCUUCGAUGAUUACCACCUGUCAGUUCACAGCGACAUGGCAACUGUUGCUAAAGCAAUGGCAUGUCCUGAUUCUGGAUUGGAAGUUCGUGAUCGGUUGUGGCUGAAGAUAACAAUUGCUAAUGCCUUCAUAGGGUCAGAUGUAGUCGACUGGCUCUUCCAUCACGUCGAGGGCUUCACAGAUCGCCGUGAGGCACGCAAGUACGCCAGCAACCUGCUGAAGGCUGGUUUCAUCCGCCACACUGUCAACAAGAUCACCUUCUCUGAGCAGUGCUACUACAUAUUUGGUGAUCUCUGUGGUAACAUGGCUCACAUGUCCCUACAAGACCAUGAUGGUUCGAGUGGGGCUUCUGAUCAGGACACUCUGGCUCCUCUCCUCCACUCGGGCGAGGCUCCGUGGCCUAUGGCUUUCCCUUACCAGUACCCAGUUCCCCUCCCUCCGGAGCUGCCCCAUGGCUUCAGCGAAGCAGGAGGAGGGAGUGCAGGCAGCCAGCAUAGUGAGGGGAGCCGUAGCAGCGGGUCCCACUGCAGCGAGUCAGAGCUCAGGAGGGAGAGGGCCCCCAGCGAACGCUCCGCCCCCAGUGAGUGCAGCAUGCGCAGCUCGCACAGCAUGCGCAACCCUCGUUCCCACGGUCACAGCUCCAGCUCUGUUCGCCUAGCCCACCCGCCUCUCGGUACGGUGGCGGUGGCCACACCGGGCUCCCCCUCUGGCCGCACGCUGAUAUCCAUGCCCCCCGAACUCUCUGCCUCGCGCCAGUCCUGCCACACAGUAGGCAGCCAGGGCGAGUUCUUUGUUGACAUUAUGUGAUGUUGGUCAGAUGAAUGGAUGGAUGAAUUAGAUGUAUGAUGUGUGUAUGUGAGUUUCCUCUUGUUCGUGAAAGACAGUAAAGAAAUGCCAUGUUUCCGUUAGGCAUCCUGCGUCAUCCUGCUAGAGGCUACCUGAGAAGGUGGCAAUUAGGGCCCUUCAGAAGAAAUGUAGGUCAGAGAGAGUAGGAGAGAACAUCAACUCAUCUGGAUGAACUUCAAAAGGUGUUGUAGAAGAAAGAAAAGCAAAUACCCAUUUCAAGAUGUGACAAAAUAGAAGUGAGGGCUCUAACCUCCCUCUGGCUCUGCUUUCGCUCUGGUUUCCUUGCCAUCAUUUGAGCAUGACUAUGUUGAUCUAGAAUGUAUCUCACAGACAUAUACUUUUAGUAUUGGUCAUUUCCAUUUUGUCAACAUUUCUUUUUUUUUUUACUUUGAAGCUUCACUUGGCAGAAAUGCAUUGCCUAAAACAAACUCCAUUUUUGAUGAGAAAAUGUUUUUUAUUUAUAAAUAUAGUUUUAUUGCCUAAGCUUGGAAUAUC